UCAUUCACAUACGCGAAUGAUUCGCAUCAUUGUUAAACAUUCGCAUUGACAUUCGCAUUUGUAUUGAUUGCUGUUAUAAGUCGCUGCGUGCAAAAAUUGGGCGUGAUUUCGAGUACAUCGUACUCUAAGUACUAUACUCAUCAAGUGGAUCUUCUUUCUAACAUACCUAUGUAAUUAGGUACUUAAGUACCUAAUUGAAGCCUACUAUGUUAUUAUAAAGUGAUUAUUUUAUAUUUGUUCUUUUUCCAUCCCCCUUCGCGAAUGAAGAAAAUAUGACAUUCGUAACAUCCCUGAUUCUGAGUGUACUUGAAUAAAUAUAGGAUAUCCAACAUUGCGACAAUUGGUAAAUAAGGACCGAGAGUUAUUUUUACAAACUUUGAAUACGAAUGUACCAUUACAAAUUCUUGUGGAUAACAUCAAAAGUGAUAUAUUUUGGAAAAGAUGUUAUUUUUCUAGAUGGAAUGACGCCCCAAUUUUAACAGAGGGGAAAAAAUGGCUGAACCUUUUUUUAGAAAGACAUUAUGCAGAUGUUUUAGAAAAUAUGAAUCCUCGGUACUAUGAUCCAGAAAAGGUCAAAAGUUUAGUAAAACUAUGUGGACCUUAUAUUCAAUCUUUAUCUAUCCGGAGUUUGAUCCCAAUGGAUAUUCCGAUACAAAGAACAACUUCACCUGAAAUGGCAGAUUUAAUUACAAGUCAGAGGAAAAGAGGAGAUAAAUCUGUAUUAAAGAACAAAAAGGAAAUUUUAUGCAGAGACCACAUAUCCCUUCAUGCCGCUUUGGGUAGCCUUACUAAUUUGGUCGAGUUACAUAUAACAUAUCAACUGCAGAAUAUUGGAGAAGAAUAUAGAAGAGAUCAAUUUCAAUUUACAAUCAAUGACGCUAAGAAUCUUGCUCAUGGUUUAGAAAAAUGCAAACAAUUGAAAAUAAUUAAAAUUACAAGAACAGAUAUGAACUGUCAAAAAGUUAGAUACAUUUUGCGUGGUUUAUCUGACAAUCAAAGUUUGGAAACAAUCGAUUUUAGCCACUGCAAAAUUGGCGAUGAUGGAGCCGCUUCAGUUGCUAAAUUUAUUUCUAGGCAUGAUAACCUUAGAAGUGUAAUAUUGGCCGACAAUAUAUUUGGACCUUCAGGGGCUGAAAGCAUUUCUCAUUCACUUAUUCAUCCAGGUUGUACUAUUCGUCACCUUGAUUUAAGGCUGAACAAUAGACUCGGUUCUGAAGGUAUAGCUCAUAUUGCAGUAACAAUAGCACGAGGAUGUAACCUUACCCAUUUAAAUAUAUCGGGAUGUGGUAUAACGCCAGGACCUCUUUCUAAACCACCAGCUGGGGUAUGGUCACUCACUAGUGCAGAAAAUCCUCCGAGCUGUGGUGACCUCUUAGCAAGAGCUAUUGGUCUAGUCAAAACCCCAUUGAGAUCUCUUGAUAUAAGUGUCAAUGAUAUUGGAUCACCCAGUGACGACGUAUUAUCAAAUGCAAUAUGUUUAAGUUACAUUGUCGACAUAAAUCUUAAAAGAUCUGGUAUGGGCCCAAUAUCUAUGGCAGUUGCUGAGGCAGCAGCAGCUGCUCAGAGACUUAGACGAGAAGCGGAAAAAGGCAUCCGAUUUAGAAGAAGUGCGGGAAGAGUUUUACAAGCCAGAAGGGUAGCUAGAUGUAUGAACAUAGACACUGACCCAGUGCUAUUAGCCCAACAAAUAUCGGCGCGUCCAUCCAUAGUUUCAGUUGCCUCUGAAGAAGGAGUUUACAACGUACAAACACAACCUUUGCCAUCAGACUUUAGUUUUGUACCAGCUAUAAAAAGUCCAUUGCCAUCUUCGCGUGCUUCUUCUAUUACGGGCCCCUCGACUUCAAGGAGAUCAAGUCACCAUAUUAUAUUGGAACCAGUAAUGGAAAUACGUCGCACUGCUUUAGUUCGACGUGGGUCAGAUGGUUCAUUAUUAAAAUCACGCAAUGAAGCUUCAGAACGACAUAUUAAAAUACUUAUAUCAAAUUAAUAUGAACACGGAACCAUACCAUAUAUAGUUAUACCACAUUUCAUUAGGUAUUUUGCAGAUGUAAUGAUUUCUUUGACGUCUUUUUAUUGUGAUACCUAUCCAAAAGUAAAGUCUGAGUUUUAGUUUUAUGAAAUUUAAUUUAUUUAUUCAUGCUUUUAUUUACAUUUUAAAACAUAAAAUGAAUAUUUGUACCUAUGAUAUAUAUAUUUUAAAAUAAAUACAAGAAAUUAAUAUCCCUAGCGGAUUGUCAAC